AACCAAAAUUGUGGUUGACAUCCAAUGUCUCUUAUUCACGUACUUACUACUCUGGCACCACUUCCAAAAAAAGGCAACAUAAAUUAUAUUAUUGAUGCAAUGUUCUGUGUUGAAAAAUCAAACCCUCCAUUAUAUCAACAUUCAACAGAGGCUCUCCCUAUAUUUCACAAAACUAACCUAUCAUUGCUCUCAAAUAAAAAAUUCUCUAAAGAAUAGACAACGCCUUAAGUCACAGUAGUUGAAACUUGAAACAGUUUAAUAUACAACCACGUACUUGAGUGUGGAUCUAGGAUUAUUGAUGCUUGCGGCGUCACCAUUGAGGAACACCAAAGAUGAAAAGCAAGAAGAGAUGGAGAGUUUUUCCGACGGAAAUUUAUUGGAAAGCAUCAACUAUGACGAUUUCUUUGUUGGCAUCGAUGUCGACGGAGACGUGUUGCCAGAUUUGGAGAUGGAUUCGGAGUUGUUCGCCGUUAGUUGCGGGGAGGAAUCGGAGAUGAAGGAAGAGAUAGUGAUAGUGAGUGGAAGAGAUGAAUCAGUUGUUCAUAAUGGAAAAGGAAGAAAAUCAUCCAAUCAUCAAUCUAAGAACCAUCAAGGGAAGAGAAAAGUAAAGGUGGAUUGGACCCCAGAAUUGCAUAGGAGAUUUGUACAAGCAGUGGAACAGCUAGGGGUAGAUAAGGCCGUGCCUUCAAGAAUUUUGGAGAUUAUGGGAAUUCAUUGUCUCACUCGUCAUAACAUUGCUAGCCACCUCCAGAAAUAUAGGUCCCACAGAAAACAUUUACUAGCGCGUGAAGCAGAAGCUGCCAGCUGGAAUCAAAGGAGACAAUUGUAUGGCGUAGGAGGAAUGAGAGAAAUGAUGAGUCCAUGGGCAGCACCACCCACCAUGGGUUUUCCACCACCACCACCACCACCUCCUCCUCCUCCUCCUCCCAUCAACCCCCAAAUGCACCAUUUUAGACCCUUACAUGUUUGGGGACAUCCUUCAAUGGAUCAUUCCUUUAUGCACAUGUGGCCUAAACACCUACCACAUUCGACACCUCCGCCUCCACACUCAUGGCCACCUGUGGCAGCUCCUCCUCCACCACCUCAAGACCCUUCAUUCUGGCAUUCUCACUACCAACGGAGUCCAAACGCAAUAGUCCCAGGAACACAUUGUUUCCCACAACCUCUGACAACAGCGAGAUCGUUUGAUGCUGUCCCCGGCAUUCCACGGCAUGGUAUGUACAAAGCAGAUCACGGCAUUUCCGCCAGGCCUGCUCCUGGACCCCUCUUCGACAUCCACCCGUCAAAGGAGAGCAUAGACGAAGCUAUUGGAGAUGUUUUAUCAAAACCAUGGUUGCCGCUACCACUUGGACUUAAAGCUCCAGUGCUUGAUAGCGUAAUUGGUGAACUACAUAGACAAGGAAUUUCAAACAUUCCACCCUCUUCAUGUGCUUGAAAGAAGCAAUCCUUUACGGGAGAUCUAGGUUCCAUUAAACCCUAAUUCGACGACUUCUCAUGCAUUAGAUGUUGCGUUGCAUAUUUUUGCAUCUAAUCUUGAAUGUGACUGAUUCAUAUUGUAAUUUAGCUUUUAACAGCAACCAAAAGCAGAAUGAAAAAAAAAAAAAAAAAGAUAAAUCGACAUUUUCUAUUGACAUAUAAUGCAUGAUCAUUGGCCAUUUGUA